CGGAGGGGGAGGUGAGCUGGCCGUGUCGGUGGCAGUGGCUACGGGGGUGGCGGGGGAGGCAGAAGCCGAGGAAGAGGAGGAGGAGGAGGAAAAGGAGGAGGAGGUGGAGCGAAAGAAAGUUCGCUCGGAGGAAGCGCGUAGCGCGAUCGGCAAGAUGGAGGAAAGUCAGCUGUUGAUGACGGAACUUCCGGCAUUAACGCCGAGCCGCGGCACGACGCUGUUGCAUCGUCCCGGUCACUUUUAUCAUUUGCAUCAGCCGCACUUGGCGAUACCCAGUGCACAGAGCCAAACGAGCCAGGCGAUACUUCAUAACUCGUCGAGCGCCCCGCAUUACAAUAGCGGGGCGACCAGUUUGCCGGCCUACGUCCAAGGCAUCUCCUCGAGACAGCUGCCGCACGUACCGCGUAACGUCGCCUCGGCCAGCACCCAUAUAUCCUCCCUCUAUCCGGAGAUAUUGGCGUUGAUCUUUAGUUACUUGGAUGUUAGGGACAAGGGUAGGGCGGCACAGGUGUGCACCGCGUGGAGAGACGCCGCUUAUUACCGAUCGGUCUGGCGAGGGGUCGAGGCUAGGUUACACCUGAGGAAGCAGGCACCGGCGUUGUUCGCCAGCCUGGUUAGAAGAGGAGUCAAAAAGGUACAAGUGUUGUCCCUGAGGAGAGGCCUCAGCGACGUGUUGAAGGGCGUACCUAAUCUCGAGGCGCUGAACCUAUCCGGUUGCUACAACAUCACCGAUUCCGGCUUGACCAACGCCUUCUGCCAGGAGUAUCCGGCAUUGACCGAGCUCAAUCUUUCCCUCUGCAAGCAGGUGACCGACGCCUCCCUCGGCAGGAUAGCCCAAUACCUUAAGAAUCUCGAGCACUUGGAGUUGGGCGGUUGUUGCAACAUCACCAAUACCGGCCUGCUCCUUAUCGCGUGGGGUCUUAAGAGACUGAGAAGGCUCGAUCUGCGAAGCUGCUGGCACGUUUCCGACCAAGGUAUCGCCCAUUUGGCCGGACUCAACAGGGAAACGGCCGACGGCAACCUAGCGCUGGAACACCUGAGUCUCCAGGAUUGUCAGAGGCUCAGCGACGAGGCGCUCAGGCACGUAUCGAUCGGCUUGACCACUCUCAAGUCGAUAAAUCUUUCGUUCUGCGUGUGCAUCACCGAUUCCGGAGUGAAGCAUCUAGCGAGGAUGUCCAGCCUGCGCGAGCUCAACCUUAGAUCCUGCGACAACAUAUCCGACAUCGGUAUGGCCUACCUCGCCGAAGGUGGAAGCAGGAUAUCGUCCUUGGACGUAUCGUUCUGCGACAAGAUCGGCGACCAAGCCCUCGUACACAUUUCCCAGGGUCUCUUCAAUCUAAAAUCCCUAUCGUUAUCCGCUUGUCAGAUUAGCGACGAGGGUAUAUGCAAGAUCGCGAAGACUCUGCACGACCUAGAGACUUUGAAUAUCGGUCAGUGUAGUAGGUUGACGGACAAGGGACUUCAUACCAUCGCCGAGAGCAUGAAGCACCUCAAGUGCAUCGAUCUCUACGGAUGCACGAGGAUAACGACCAAUGGCCUGGAGAGGAUUAUGAAACUACCGCAGCUGAGUACCUUGAAUCUUGGUCUCUGGCACGUGCGGUGAUGGCUUUCUAUUAACACAUUGCCGCCCAGUAAAUUACCAAUACGCGAUUUACCGGCCGAACCUUGCCGACUAGGCGACGAGGAGGACGACGACGAAACGUAGUAUUCGUCCUUUACACUUUAUAUUCCUAAUACCAUGCGUUCUUGACACGAACGUUAUAUGAUCGAUGAUCGAUCGUUCCUCUUCGAUUCGACGAUCCUUUCGAAUCUUAGAGGCUCGACUACUUCGAAACCGACUACUCGCGCUCUCUUGCUUUUCUCUUACCUAUUUAUCCAUCCAUUUUCCAUCUAUCUCUCUUUCUCUUUCUCUCUCUACCGGACGGCAAUGUGUUAUAAGAACGUUCGAGAUCCGUGGAACUCGCGGUGCUUGGCCUGGUUCUUUACCUAUAUAAAUCUUACCGAGGACGGAAAAGUCGUCAUCUACGGCAACGACCAUCAUCCCCGAUUUGCCGGAUCUCGAACGCGUUAGGCGAGUCGUCUCUCUUUCUCUCUCUCUCUCUCCCUCUCCCCCUUCUCUCUCCUUCGUCUUAUAAUAAUAACACCUUUACCGUUUACUGCGACUUCCUUUAAACACGACCUAGACUCUCUUCCUAUGGAAAUAACAGACAAAUUUCUCGGGUUGCGCGGGUUCCGAAACGAAACCAACCAACGAACGAAUGAACGACCGACGAGAUCGGUUCUCUGAUCUUUCCUACCUGCUUGUAGAUCUUUUCUUUAUAUUAUUAUUAUUUUUUUUUUCUUUCUUUACUUUCCUUUCCUGUCCUUUUCCUUUUCUUUUUUCUCUUCUUUGUUCGUUUCCUUUCCUCUCUCAUUUUUUUUUCUUUUUUCUUUUCUUUUUUUUUUCUUGCUUCCGCCGAUCCUCCUUGCCAAACUUCGAUAAGCCCCCUUGAAGAAGAAGAAGAAGAAGAAGAAGAAGAAGAAGAAACCUAUUAUCGAUCGAUCGCCAUCACCGUACGUCGUACGAAUAUAUACGUAACUAGAUUUUAAUCUUUUUCU